UAGGAUAUCAUCUAUAUUCCCGGUGCAUGUAAUUUUUAUGCAGGCGUAUCCAACAUUGUUUGUCACAAUUUUGUGAUGCAGUCGUUCGAAUUUAACAGGAGCUAAUUACGAUAUGUGUGAGCUGAGUGGUCAAAGUAGAGCGACUACAUGUGCACUUAAUUGUGGUUGGUGGUACCGUAUAUCUUUUUGAUCGUGUCUGGACUGGGAUCUUGUGCUCAUUCCAACUCUAAAAAAAUCCUAUUGUUCGAGAGAAUCGGGAGAAUCGGUACCUUGACGGUACGGUACGCUAGCCUCGAAAUCGUGCUUUUACCGGGUACUUUGGUCACACAAAUCCUACUUUAAUAGAUUUUCUGUCCACCAUGAGCGAGCUAGACACGAACAGCAAACGAGACCUCUCGGAUGAAGGCCAGCCAGAAGCACAGAGUCAUGAGAGUCUUCCUUGUAAGAAGAAGCAGAAGACAAAUGGAGCAGUGAGGGCGCUUUCCCAUCCCGUUGAGAUCAACGAUAAAUACAUGGAGAAGAGCUUCAAGGACUGUAUCAGAGCAGUCUUCAAUGAUGGAGUAGAAGCCACUCACAUAGCCACUGAGGCAGCUGUGAUCACCAACCCAUUUACCUGCUGUGUUCUACCAAACUUUGUAAAAGAUGAAACUUUCUUAAAGGGACUGAAGACGGAACUGCUGGAGCUUGAUUUCAACAGCAAAUCAAAUGACCUUUACAAGUUUCAACAGUCUGGUGCACUCCAGAAUUAUUCAUCUAGUUAUAUUUCAGCACUGAAGAAACUACUGUAUGAAGAUUUUCUCAGCUGGUUAAGAGAAGUGACUGGGAUUCCAUUCUCGAACAAGUUUGAUCUCACAUGCUCCAAAUACAAUUACACAGAUGUGCUUCUAUGCCAUGAUGAUGAAUUAGAAGGAAGAAGAGUCGCAUUCAUUCUUUAUCUCGUGCCCAAAUGGACUAAGAAAGAUGGUGGGCUCUUGGAUCUAUUUGAUAUGGAUGAUCAUGGACAGCCCAAGUCAGUAGUGAAGUCACUUGUACCAGAAUGGAACAACUUUGUUUUCUUUGAAGUGACACCCAAGUCCUUUCAUCAGGUUUCUGAGAUCCUGAAUCCAGACAAGUGUCGUCUCUCGGUGAGUGGAUGGUUCCAUGGUCCUACCGUGCCAAGACCAGCUCCAUACCUAGAACCAAGAUGUAGUCUUACUCCACAUGUCGAUACACAGGAGUCUUUAUUCUACGAUUGGAUCAAUGAGAGUUACAUGGAUCUAGGGAACCAGAGUGAGGUCCAAGAUACAUUCUCUGAUGAAUCUGAAAUACAGCUUUCAAGGUUCUUUGAGAAAGAGAAGUAUGAAGCAGUUCUUACCCAGCUACAGAGCCCUGACAUCAGGUGGGAAAGGAGAGGCCCGGCUAAUAAGAGGCAUUAUAAAUCAGCUGAUCUCUCCUCACUACCGCCGGUCAUCCACGAAUGCUUGAGUGUGAUGCAGAGCGAACAGAUGUUCCUCCUCCUAUCUAACUUCACCGCCCUCCGACUCCACAGCCAAGCACCCUGCAGCGAUGACGAUGACGAAGAGGAGGACGAUGAGGACAAGAAGGAAGACAUGGUCAAUGGUACUGGUGAAAAGCUUCAAAGUAAAGAGGAUGAGAGCGAGUCAGCCACGAUGACGGUCGUUCAGGAUGGUGACAGGAGAGGAGAAGAGACUAGACUCGGAGAGAAACAAUCAGAUGAGAUGAAGGAUGAAGAACAGGGUAGCAGUCAGAAGGAUGAUAUCAACUUGGCAGAUGGUGUUGUAAUAAAGAUGAAAGGUCAGGCAAGCAUUCCACGAUGUCGGGCAGAGGUUAGGAGGUGGUCUCAUGGCUGCUACACACUGCUGCAUGACACAGAUACGGAGGGUUCGGAGUUCGCUCUCGAUGCAUCAGUGUUCUUCGAUGCCAAAGGUGUGAGUUCCACCACUGGAGGUUUUGUUUCCUACAUUGCCAAAGGAGAGGAUGAAGAACUGCUGAGUGUACUCCCCGAGGACAAUGCCCUGUCACUAGUCUACAGAGAUAAGGAGACACUGAGGUUUGUUAAGCAUAUCAAUCAUAGCUACACAACAAGCAGAGGGAGUAAUACCAGCUCUACUAACAGCCAAAGUGCCUUUUAUGAGCUGUAUUUGGUGUACUACGAAUAAUGGCAUUUUAGAAACGGCAAUCAACGAGGACUGUUCUUUUAUGUGAGAUGAAAGUUCAUAAACAGCAGAGGGAGUGGUGGCUAUUCUCAGAGUGGCCAGUCUACCUUUUAUCUGAGCUUUACUUGAUGUUCCAUACAUGGGUAGCAUUCUGUGAGCAGUGAUCGGAUAAUACUCUUUAUUUGUGGCAAACAUGAAUGUACCUUUUCUGUUGAGGGAGUGAUGACGGUCCUCAGAACUGUUUAAGUGCCUUUUAUUAGCUAACAUUGCUAUAUCUUAUGCCUUGUAUUUGUGAAAUCAUUGCAACCAAACCUAAGGAGUGUUUUCAUUAUCAAUCGGCCGUAAGCCAAUAAGAUUUUGCUUGCUCAAUAUUUCAUUGAGCUACUAAUAUUUUUCUUCUCUGAAAAUAUGUAUAGGAAAUUAUUUUAACUCAGGAGGAACAAGUAACCAAUGUUUGAUUUAGAUUACUCAUGAAUAUUCAUAAAAUGAAUAUGAUAACCUAUUCAUUUUUUAUACCUUCUUAUUCCUGGCUCUUUUCCGUCUGAUCAUGAUUAUCGGCCACUAAAAGGAUAAUUUGACAAACAGUCCAUUCAAAUUUCCACAAAAUGUCCAUCACUCUUUAAUGGUAAACACUGGUUUUACUUUGUUUCAUGGAACUGUUUUUAUUUGGCCACCGUAUUAAGACCAUGCAUGUUUCCAGAGUGGGAAUGUUUUAUCAAGUUUAUACUGAAAUAUAUAUUAGGAUUUCUUUCAUGUUUUUGAAUGGAUAAGAAGAGCGAUUUAGGACCACUAAGUGGAUAUUAUUGUGUGCUGUUUAAUCACAGGUGGCGAUACAUUGACUUAGUUAUAUUUACGAGUGUGUCUGCAUGAAAGUCUAGCAUUAACAGGAACAAUAUUAUCAGCCAUUAUUCAUAAUUAGUUCAGAAGUGUAUAUUUCAAAAGUUAAGCAUGUCUUAAAAUUUUUAAAUGCCAGAUGCGUACAGUUACAUAUAAUACUUAGUAUGCGCAUUAUUCAGAUCAUGCUCAACGGAUGAGAUUAUGCAUUAGAUGUCAUUUAGGCCUACACAAAGGUGCUUAAAGGACAAGUCCACCCCCAACAAAAAGUUGAUUUUAAUAGAAAGAGACAAAUCCAAUGAGCAUAACACUGAAAAUUUCAUUAAAAUUGGAUGUAAAAUAAGAAAGUUAUGACAUUUUAAAGUUUCGCUUUAUUUCACAAAACAGUUACCGUAUGUGCACAUCCUGGUCAGUAUGCAAAUGAGGGGACUGAUGACGUCACUAUUUCUUUUGUAUUUUAUUUCAUGAAAUAUGAAAUAUUGUAAUUUUUUCCUCAUUGUCCUGUAUAACAAAGUUUUAUUCCUUGCUGAACAUGGGGAAUUACUAUUUAUGGUUCAGCCAAGUCAGUCAUUAUUGUCAAAUCUGUAAAAAUUGAAAUAUUGUAUGAUUCAAACAAUAAAAAACAAAAGAAAUUUUGAGUUUUGAGAAA